AUGGCAAAGAGACUGUUGGCAGACCAGGAGGACGUUUCCGAAACCGGGCUCCAGGAAAGCGGAAGCGGCUCGGGCGCCGGUGCCGAAACUCUCGCAGACUUGGAGUCCCAGCUGGAAGACGAAAAUAUGGACAGUUCGGGCGACGAGUCUGCCGCCGAGAAAAUGCCGCAGGAGGCCGGGACCGAGGCUCCGGCGGCUCCCGUGAUCCACGGCCGUGCCACGAAAAAACAGAAAAAACAGAUCACGGCGCAGGAGGUGCAGAUGGCCCGAGAAACCGCGGAGUUGUUCAAGUCCAACAUCUUCAAGCUCCAGAUCGACGAGCUCAUGAGCGAAAUCAAGAUCAAGGACCUGAACAUCGUGCGCAUCGAGAAGGUGCUCCACCGGCUUCACGACUGCAUUGGGCAGGUGCCCAGCGCGGACAACUUGACGCUCGCCGACGCCGAGAAAAGCAUCAAUGGCAAGAAGGUCGCCAUUCCUUUUCCGGACCCCAGACCCUCGAAGGUCAACUACCGCUUUGGGUACUUGCCGCCGGCCGACGUCUCCCUCGUGGGCUCUUUCGGCUUGAAGACGGGCAUCGCGCAGGCGGCCGGCUCGUCCAUCGACAUUUCGUUGACCAUGCCUCUGACCUUGUUUCUGCCCAAGGACUACUUGAACUACCGAGCUUUGUACAAGCGCAGCUUCUACCUCGCGUACUUGGCGGACCAGCUCAUCCCCAUCACGCGCAAGAACGGGCUUCCGGUCAAGAUCUCGUAUACGUACUUGAACGACGACGUGUUGUGUCCUGUUUUGACGCUUGAAAGCAUCAAGACCGACAACGACGCGGACUUGGCCUUCCACAAGACCAAGUUCUCCAUCAACUUGCUAGUGGCGCUCCCGCUCGGCGUGUUCGACUCCAAGAAGUUGUUGCCGGACCGAAACUGCAUCCGCGUGCAGAGCGACGCAGAAGAACUCCCGCCAACACCGCACUACAACUCGUCUGUGUUGUCUCUCACCACGUACGACUAUUACUUGAAGUUCCUCUACGCCAACAAAAAGGCGGCGGACGCGUUCAAGGACGCCUGCAGGUUGGGACGCUUGUGGUUGCAGCAGCGUGAGUUUGGCUCCGCCAUUUCCAAGGGCGGCUUCGGGCACUUCGAGUUUGCCAUCUUGUUGAGCGCGUUGUUGUCCGGGGGCGGCACCAACGGCAACAAGAUCUUGUUGCAUGGCUUUUCGUCCUACCAGCUUUUCAAGGGCGCCAUCAAAUACCUCGCCACCAUGGACUUGACCACGGGCUACCUCUCGUUCUCCAGCUCCAUUGGCGAGGGCGCGUCGUGCAAGUUCAACCCAGACGCCGGGUUCAACACGCCCACGCUCUUCGACAAGAGCAUCAAGUUGAACAUACUAUGGAAAAUGACGAAGUCGUCCUACCAGGAGUUGCGCCAGCAUGCCAUCCACACCUUGGGCUUGCUCAACGAUGUUGUGUUUGACCGCUUCGACGCCAUCUUGCUCCAGAAAGUCAACGUCAGCUUCUUGAACUACGACUUGACGUACGACCUCGAAGUGCCCGAGGAAGUGGAGGAAUCGUUUGGUGCAUUGGAGAAGAUCUCCUUCGUCACUUUCGACAACUUCGUCAAGCACAAGUUGCACUCCAUCCUCAAGAUUGCCUUGGACGAGCGCGUGGCUAGCUUGUCCAUCAGAAACAACAAGGUGAACAGCUCGUUCCCUCUUGCCAAGAGAAAGCCGUCCUCCCAAUUUGGCAAGUCAUACACCAUCGGCUUACAACUCAAUCCGGAUGAAUGUGAUAAGUUGGUCACGAAAGGCCCGAACGACGCCGAUGACGAGCCCGCCGCCAAAUUCAGGUCCUUCUGGGGCGCCAAGGUGUCCUUGAGAAAGUUCAAGGACGGCACCAUCCAGCAUUGUGUGGUGUGGACCACCGACCGCGCUGAGCCUCUUGUCUCCAAAAUCAUCAAGCACUGCUUGAGCACGCAUUUCCAUUCCCUGGCCUCCGACCACUUACAUUCGCACACCACAUAUUUCAACAAAAAGUUGCCCGCGCCGCUGACCGCAAUCUCGGGCUCUCAUAGCAUUACUUCCACUGCAAACUACACGACGGUGAAAACCUCAUUUGAAAACUUAAGCAAGGUGAUGUACAACUUGGAGUUGCCGUUGAGUAUCAAAUCAAUGAUGCCUGCAUCUGCUGCUCUCCGGAACACCACGUUGUUACAGCCAGUGCCUUUCGCAGUUGGAAGCCCAGACUUCUGGUGUGAUGCUGUUCUUCAAUUCGAGACUUCUAACAGAUGGCCUGACGAGAUCAUCGCCAUGGAGAAGACCAAGGCGGCGUUUUUGUUGAAAAUCAGCAGCGUCUUGAACAAGGAAUCCACGUACAAGACAUUCAUCUCUAGAGAUGAGUCGAUUCCUUUCAACAACGAUAUCACCUUACUCAACGUGUUGACCCCAGAUGGGUUUGGUUUCAGAUUCAGAGUUCUUUCUGAAAGAGACGAGGUUCUCUACUUGAGGGCUGUCAGAAACUCGGACACAAAAAAGGCGUUAGUCCAAAAUGUGUACUUCAAGUUCAACCAGAAAUACCUUGGGUCAAUCAAACACACGAGAACCAUAAGUAUUCUUUCGAGCAGCUUCCCUUACUACUCUCCAACGGUCAGGUUAUUCAAACAAUGGUUGGACGCACACACUCUAUUGUCUCAUUUCACCGAAGAGCUCGUAGAGCUCAUUGCAUUGAAACCGUUCGUCGACCCUGCGCCGUACACGGUGCCAAACUCUGUUGAGAAAGGCUUCCUACAGAUUCUCAGUUUUGUUGCCAAUUGGAACUGGAAAGACGACCCAUUAAUUUUGGACUUGGUCAAGCGGUCUGACGAUAUUGUUGACCUCGACAACAAAUUGAGUGAAAGAUUAACGGCUCAAGCUUAUCAAGUUGUGCGUGGCAACUUUGAUAAAAUUAGAGCCAGCGACCCCUCGGGAAUGAAGACCCAGUUCUUCGUUGGAACUAGAGACGAUCCUUCAGGCAUUUUGUGGUCGAGCAAUGUCACGCUUCCAAUCGCCAGCAGAUUGACUGCGCUUGCGCGUGCGGCGACGCUGUUGACACAAGAGCAGGGCAUUGACACCUCUACGUUGGAGUUGCUUUUCACCCCUGCGUUGAAUGACUUUGAUUUCGUGAUCAAAAUGAAAGGAAACCACGCGUCCAAAUUCUCGGGGAUCUCCAGGACAAGCGAGUUCAAGAACUUGAGCUACCAAACAUAUUUCCCCGAGGACAUUCCCUCGACCAGUGAUUUGACGCCGGUUUUGGUGGACAUGUUGAAUAAGAGGUUUGGCAGCGCAAUCAUCUUCUCGGCAAGGAAGUGCGCCGCUGCUUUCGGCGAUUCGGGCAACAUGAUUUGCGGCGUGUUUGUCCCUUCCGCGGCGACAAAGAAGAAGUUCCGUGUGUCGUUGGGCGUGGACGUGAAACCCACUGGGGAGGGAGAUGAAGUGGUGAUCAACAAAGAAUCGAUCCUCGACCAAGUCAAGCUCUUGGGCGGUGAUGCCAUCAAGUCAAUCAAGUUUCGUAAGUGA